AUGAGCGGCCGCGGAAAAGGAGGCAAAGGACUCGGGAAAGGAGGCGCUAAGCGUCACCGUAAAGUUCUCCGUGACAACAUCCAGGGCAUCACCAAACCCGCCAUCCGCCGUCUGGCUCGUCGCGGCGGUGUGAAGCGUAUCUCCGGUCUGAUCUACGAAGAGACCCGCGGAGUGCUCAAGGUGUUUCUGGAGAACGUGAUCCGUGACGCAGUGACGUACACCGAGCACGCCAAGAGGAAGACCGUGACCGCCAUGGACGUGGUGUACGCCCUGAAGAGACAGGGCCGCACUCUGUACGGCUUCGGAGGUAAGAACAUAAUGCCUGAUCCAGCGAAGACCGCGCCCAAGAAGGGCUCAAAGAAAGCCGUGACCAAAACGGCCGGGAAAGGCGGAAAGAAGAAGAGAAAGACCAGGAAGGAGAGCUACGCCAUCUACGUGUACAAAGUGCUGAAGCAGGUCCACCCCGACACUGGCAUCUCCUCCAAGGCCAUGAGCAUCAUGAACUCCUUCGUCAACGACAUCUUCGAGAGGAUCGGCGGAGAGGCCUCCCGCCUGGCGCACUACAACAAGCGCUCCACCAUCACCUCCAGGGAGAUCCAGACCGCCGUGCGCCUCCUGCUGCCCGGAGAGCUGGCCAAGCACGCCGUGUCCGAGGGAACCAAGGCCGUCACCAAGUACACCAGCUCCAAGUGUAAAUGGGAUCAGAAUCUCAGGAACCUCAAUUCCACAACGGGAUUCAGCGGGAAUGCCCACAUCCUCCCACGGCGCAGCUCAGUGCGCGUCAUUUACGAAUCAACUGCAAACAUGAGCGGCCGUGGAAAAGGAGGCAAAGGACUCGGGAAAGGAGGCGCCAAGCGUCACCGUAAAGUUCUCCGUGACAACAUCCAGGGCAUCACCAAACCCGCCAUCCGCCGUCUGGCUCGUCGCGGCGGUGUGAAGCGUAUCUCCGGUCUGAUCUACGAGGAGACCCGCGGAGUGCUCAAGGUGUUUCUGGAGAACGUGAUCCGUGACGCAGUGACGUACACCGAGCACGCCAAGAGGAAGACCGUGACCGCCAUGGACGUGGUGUACGCCCUGAAGAGACAGGGCCGCACUCUGUACGGCUUCGGAGGUUAAACGAUACUGACCUGAACGACACCAACGGCUCUUUUAAGAGCCAUCCACCGGCUCUAAAGCGCAA